GCCGAGUUACCACAGAUGAUGUAUAUCGGAAAGGAACUUGAGCGUGAACACGAUGUCGUUUCUUUCGAAUUGGUCAUGAUAAACCAACGAACAAAAAGUUAAUUUUUCGCUAAACGGUAAACGAAUCGUGAACUGAUCGCGAGUGAAUAGCAUAGACGUUACCUACACGAACCAAUAUUUGAUUUCGAUGAUUCAAGUGGUAAUACGUUUGUUCAAGUCACAUCUGUACCUGUUAACGCCGUAAUUGAACAUUUUCCGUAAAGAAGAUUUUCGAGACGGGAAUAAUCAUCGAAUGGAAAAUACAACGAAUCGUAAUAGCUAAAAUAAAAAAUACUUUUAAAUAUCGCGGCAAGCGUUCAAGAUGUUCGAUUCAUUAGGACCGACUGGUUCACUGAUUAGACGAAGCUGUAGUAGCGACUUAAAGCUAAAGAAGAGUAUAAAAUCCCUUUGCUGAGCGAAAUUGGCUAAUUAAAGCAGUUUAUUUAGCAUUCCACCGUGAGAUCGGUUAAUGUCGCCACGGUGGAGGGAUCGAAGUAGCUACGGUUAUCCGUCUGAGUGGUGUUUGCGUCGGGAUAUACGGCUACAGAUCUGACGAACAGCUGGGAAUCGAUGAAUCGUUUUUUCCCUGGCUAACGUUUCCUUGGCACAGGGAUAUUCGUUGAAAGGGGGAAUGAAGGGCCAUCCGGACAGCACGUAGGGACUGGCCCUUCUCGUUUUCGGAGAUGUGGCGCUAUCUACAGUACACUAUCUUCGGGCUUACCGUCAUCCUGCUGACGAUUCAUGAGAUAGUCCUCGUGCGAGCUGGCGAACAAGAGAGGGAGAUCUGGUAUGAGGCAGCGACACGCGCGAUCGAAGCCCGUAUUCGCGCGUCGGCGGCAAGUUCGAGCGUCAGCGGGACGACGCCACCGAGUGGUGUGGCGCGGGGCGUCGUUCUCUUCGUCGGCGACGGGAUGGGGAUGAGCACUCUUACGGCUGCGAGGAUCCUCUCGGGUCAACGUCAUGGAAACACGGGCGAGGAAGCGCAACUCGCAUGGGACAGCUUUCCAGCCGUCGCUCUGGCAAGGACGUAUAACAUGGACGCCCAAGUCGGAGAAUCGUCGGCAUGCGCGACGGCAUUACUGUGCGGAGUUAAAGCCAAUUACGAGACUGUUGGCCUGGACUCCUCUGCACGCUUUGAGAACUGUUAUUCCAGUUUUGAUGCCCGUGUACCGUCCCUUAUCAAUUGGGCGCAGGAACAGGGUAAAUCGACGGGACUGGUUACGACCACGAGGGUGACACACGCUACACCAGCGGCCCUUUACGCUCACGCAGCCAGCCGUUACUGGGAGGACGAUGGCAAGGUGCCACCUGCUGCACGGACCUCUUGCAAGGACAUCGCGCGUCAGCUGCUCGAGGACGAACCCGGUCGUAACAUCAAUGUGGUGCUCGGCGGAGGUAGGCGUCAUUUCGUGCCGAAAGUGAUCCAGGAUCCGGAAGAGCCGGAUAAGGAAGGCAGGCGAUUGGACGGAAGAAAUCUGAUCGAGGAGUGGUCGAGGAACCAUCGGCUGCGGAACGCAGCCGCGAAAUACGUUGCUAACAAGGAGCAGUUCGAGAACGUCGAUCCACGGAAAGUGAACCAUCUGCUAGGGCUAUUUUCCUAUUCCCAUAUGGACUUCGACGUUGACCGAAACACGAAUGGAAGUGGUGACCCGUCGCUGGCAGAAAUGACGAUAAAGGCGCUCCGUGUUUUGACGAAAAAUCCCGAAGGAUAUUUCCUUUUCGUUGAAGGUGGCAGAAUCGAUCACGCGCAUCACUAUAACAAUGCUUAUCGAGCGUUAGACGAAACUCUGGCGCUGGAGGAAGCCGUGAGAGCGGUGAUGAAGGAAGUGGACUUGUCAGAGACGCUUCUCGUCGUAACGGCGGAUCACUCGCACGUACUCACGCUUGGUGGCCUAGCGACGCAUCGUGGCAAUCCUAUAUUUGGUUCUGACAGCAAGGUGUCGGAUCUUGAUGGACAACCGUAUACAACGUUAUUGUACAGCAACGGACCUGGGUACACGCAGCCGAGGAAUAUUUUACGAGAAGCUGGCAAGGAUUCCAUUCAGACGGCUGGAGUACCACGUGCCUGGGCGACACACGGCGGCGAGGACGUGCCAGUGUUCGCCAUCGGUCCUCUAGCGAAUGUCUUGUUCUCCGGUAGCGUCGACCAGAGCUAUAUACCUCAUGCGAUCUCGUACGCCUCCUGUCUGGGUCACCACGCGAGCCGCUGCUCCCGAGAUUCCAUAUCCAGCAACGACACAAUGAGCGCCCCGAUAAGCUGUCCCUCGGCGGAGCCGAACAGCGCCGCGAUAUCCAGCGAUGUGAUGAAUGACCAGGCCAGAAAUCCACCCACGAAAUCCGGCGCGUCUCUCGAACCGGCUGGCUUCCAUUCGCUAACCAGUGUUCUGCUGCCCCUUAUCCUUGCCAUUCCACCAUGCCUGCUCGAGGGAACGAGUUAAUGCCCGUUAGAGCCUCUUCCGGUGAAUAGUUCUCAGUUACGUUCGACCUGAACCACCCCAAGGAAGCUUUCGGAUAAUCUGUCAGGAUGAAGACAACAGGUGAUCCUAAUGAUCUCUCGAGCUCGUCUCGUAUUUCGGGAUUAAAAAGUUCGAACAUCGAAAGACCAUUCGAGCGGAGGGAACAGCAGAAGAAGAUUCUUCUGGUUUGGGUUUUGAAUCGUAACUCGAUCGAAUCAACCGGAUGAGGAUAAACCGAAGGUCUAUUAAUUCUUUCCUUCGUCUUGGUGGGAAUGAUCGCGGAAGUCGCGUAUAAAACGAGAGAAUAAGUGGCUUGUGAAGGAGGAUACGGAAAACGAGUACCAGGGACUAUGUAUAUUCGAAUUUCCGUGCGCACGGCUACGAGCGAAUAAUUUAUCAACUUGGCUCUCGAUACGUCGAGCCCUCGAUCGAGUGUAACGCCUAUUCUCCGGUGGAAGCUGUUCACAAAAUCCAGGGUAUAGAUUAAACGGAUGGCUAAUGUACGACGAGGGGCUGUCUCUUAUCUUGUACUGGUUGUUACGUCACCUCGAGGGGAACGGGAUUAAUCCCAGCCCCGGGAGUCUGCUUCUUCCUAGAAACAGCCUUCCAUAAAACGUGUAUACCCAUGUGGAUCGAAGGGGGCCUUCGGUUAAUCAGCGUCAAGAGUCAAUAGACGAUCUCGCAUACUACGCGAUCCUGAAGACGUUCCAAAACGGUCGAACGAUCGACUGGAAGAUUAUGGGCCAACCGUUCGAGUAGCGGGCGUGUCACACGUUUCACGUCGAGCGUUUUGCAAACGGGGACACACGAUGGAACGUGAAGUGGUAAUUUGUCGUGGAGCGGAGGUGUGUCCAAAAGGUUUUCAGACUCUAUGGAACGACGUGCGAAAGCUUUCCGCCUAUAUCUCCCUCCCUCUCUCUCUCUCUCUCUGUCUGUCUGUUUCUCUCUCUCCCUCCUUCUCUCUCUUUCUCUCUACCUCCCUUCCUCUCCCUGUCGCGGUUCUGCUCACUUCGGCGAACAGUUAAUGACGGUUCUUGCCUAAUUUCGCAAAGAAUUUAGUGCUACCCGGUGAGAGGGUGGGAAUCCAAAGCAGUUCAGAGGACAAUUUGCGACGAUAAUGACUAUCCCAAGGCAGCUCGGUGAACUUCGCCGACUUUCAAAGCUUUCACAGAAUCUAAAUGGGGUUUACAAGUGCUACGUGACGAGGAUACUUCAUCCGAGAUCGGCGAAGAGUUCCCGAUAGACUCGACUCGGUUCGAUUAAAGGGGUGUCAAGCGUGUAGAUCCGGACGCGAUCGCCGAAUGAAAGUGUCGAGGAAGUUGCUCGAAAUUCGUGAAAGUAAUUCUUACAAGAGUGAUGUUGCGUUACGUUGCGUUACGAUGUUUUUUCUCAGUUUGAAAAGUGGUUUUGAAGUGUGGUGUGUUAUAAGGUAAGAGGUUGUCCGGUUAGAGGUACAUUGAAUAUUAUUCAUAUAUAUAUAAACUUACAGAUAUCGCAAGAAAUACAUCGAUCGGUUGGUCGUGCCAAUCGUUUCAUUGAAUAGUUUCGUUCUAUGAAAAUUUUAGUUCAUCGAUUUUAAUUCUGUAACGAUGAAAAUGAAAAGAAUGGAGGGUCGAUAAAAUGGAUAUUUCCAUGGGGAAAUACAUUCUUUUUUCUUUUUUGACUAUUUUUAUUGUUUAGUUCCAUCGAAGUUGAAAAUACAAUCCAUCUCAAUUGGUCGAACAAUUUGCACGAGUGGGAACAGAUUGUAAAUUUGUCUGAUAGAAUGGAAUUAUAUCAUCAACAACAUUUCAAGAUAAUUCUACUAAUAUCGUGUUUCGAAAGUACUUGAUCCGCAGAAACGUGUCCAAUUCGUUUGUUCAAUUUGUUGAAAUUGUUUUACAGCUAUACGUUACGUAAAAGUCAAAAGAUCGAUUUAACUGUCUUUGAUCGAACAAAUUGACUUUCCAAAUAAAUUUUCGGGAAAACAUACAUUAUAACAGUAAAGUUAUGCCGCAAACAGAUGAAAUGCAAAUAAUAUCGGAACUGUUAUAACGGGCCCCCUCAUUAGCAUUUGAAUGGAAAUUUUGAGAUUCGAAAACGAGCGACAGUCGCUGGGACUCUCAAGAAAAGCGCGUUUAAUUCAAAUGUAUGAUAAUUCGUUCUGUGAUAUCGAGUUUAAUAGCAAUCUCUCGUCAUCUGGAAUUUUCAGGAAACAUUCAAACUUCGUCUCUUUUUUUUUUUUUGGAUCGAAUUUCGAUCAAAGCAGUGAUUAGAUCGAUCGUGUUCUCCAUAGAAAUGCAAAAAACCAGAAGAAUUGAGGGGAAAAUAAUCGCGAUCGAUCAAAUCUGACACAAACGACCAUUUGCAAAAUCAGAUUCACUUUGAUCCUGGAUUACUAUCCACGUCGAAAAGAAGAUUCUCGAGGCAUUGAACCAUCGAGAUUUCAAAAUGAAGUCCUUUAAUACACAGUCGUCAUUCGAAUUUAGGUAGGACAAUGCGUCGUUAUUACGAACUGUAAAUUUUAAUUUCAAAUAUCUGAAAUGAUUUUAAUAUUUUAAACGAUCAAAGAGAUACAUAGUAAUUUGAUUUUGCAUAAAUUUGAAAUAUAUCAGACGUCCUCACGCGACGAUCUCAAUUUUUCUUUACUUUUAUUAUACUUUUGCAUCUAUAUCAGUACCUGGUGUUCGAUCUAUAAUCAGCAUAUCAGAGAGAUUUAUUUGAAUAUGAUGUUUUUCCAUAAGCUCUGUACCAUUGCGAAAUAAAAUCACCGAGAUUGUGCGCAGGCCGAAUCGUAGAUUUUUCAAAAAUAAGAUCAUCGUGUUUCUACAUUGCGAAUCACUCUGUUGAAAAUUUCAUAAUGUAUAAAGCGCGAGAGUCGAUAUUUUCGUCGCACGUGUUCAUUGAAACGUUCUAUUUUCAACGACUGCAGAGAUCAGCUACAAAUUCCUCGAUACACGUACUCCUCGGAAACUUCAUUUCGACUUUGGAUAUUUUCAACAUUGUUGUCAGCUUUCCAUUAGACUUGGUAUCAGAAUCGUUACCGUUGGCAUGAAACAAGUUUAUCUAAGCGUAAAUUGUUGCUUGCGAGGGAAGAACGUUAGAACAAGGGAAAUUCGUUUUCAAGAUAUCGCGAAGGGUAAGGUAUUUCGUAGAGGCGAAGCUCGUCUCGUUUAAUUCGUCGUAAAAGAAUUUCUCGUGCGAUGAUGAAAUACACGAAUAAUACUUUAAACGCAAAUGAUACUUUAAGAUAACGCUAUAAAACCAAAUAUAUAUGUCGUUAGGAGGACGAUUGUUGGAUCGAAUCGAAACGCUCAUAAGCGCUUCUUCUUUAUUUUUUAUUAUAUCUGGAAAUACAAUUUCUGUUAUUCUGUAUUUUAAUUGCCCAGCUUCAAAUACUUUAUUUUAACCCUCUAUAAUUGGAUUCUGUUUGCUUAUGUGAAAAACGAAUUAAAAUUGAUUACAUUUUCUUAUUUUUAUAUCCAAAUUACAAACGAAUUAUUGGUACGAAUAAAUUAUUUCGUACAAUUUCAAUUUUCAAGUCAAAGUGCAAUCCUCAUUACGGAGGAUUAAUUCUGCAAGAAAUUGUUCGCCCUGAACUUCUGACAUAUCGCUAGCGCUUCUACCUUUAUUCAUUUGCCUUGUUAACGUUUAUCGUUCCUUGUACGUAGAUUCCACGAAUCAUGUUUUUGCAUGCUUACAUGGCACAAAUGCAACGUACAUGGACGAAACUAAUCAAUUUUCAAUUAGUAACACUGCAGUCGCGAUAAAAAGUCGAGUGAACGUUUCUUUGUGAUGUGUAUGUAUUAGAUACAUAUACGAAGACAUCUGGUAACCAGACGACGUAAAUUGCUGUUACAAACUUUCUCCAGCUGAAUUACUCGCGAAUGCAUUUGUUAUUAUUAUCGUUAUCUAACUAGAGUUUAUCGUUAAACCCGAUUGAGAGUUAUUAUUGCCUGGAGAUUCUUAUUAAUAUCAUCGUAAAUUUCAAAAUUAUGUUCGUUGCCUGUUAUUAUACGAGACUAUAUGAUAAAAUCGCUAUACUUUAUAAAAUACUCGGUGAAAUAAAGAUUUUCUUUUUAGAGGAUUCUUUGUUGUCCUUAGGUCGUUAUCGCAAAACGAAGUUUUUGGUCGAAAAACUAGGGUAGAGUUUAUGCAAACGUCAAACGCUAAGAUUUAUGCACAGCUGCACCAGCAGACAAUGAUGAAACAAUAGACAGGCAUUCAAGGAAAAACAAACUUGGUUGUGAAGUUUCGAGAAAGAUUUCACGAAGUUAACAACGAAGCUUUAAGCAGGGGAAAAAAAGGAGAUUUGUCGAGCGUAACUGUAAAGUUUGAAAAACGACUGUUUCAGCUCGCUACCGAACUUUUGAAGAGGGGCCAAACUCCUUCAUCCAGUGCUUUUUUGCUUUGACAUCCUCUUAAAAAUUGUCGUUCUCCGUGUUUCUUCGUUUAUAAUAAGCGUUGUUAGUGUCAUCCUAACGCCCAAGCUAAUCCUUUUUCUGUUCAUAUAUCAACAUUGUAUAUAAGCAGCGUAUCUGCAGACGUGAAAACUGAAAGAAUAAAAAGCAUAUGGUCUAUCGAUUCAGCUGUGACAUUAGUCUCGAUAGUCACAUACGGUAUAACGUAAAGCAUACGGUAUUUGUAUUGUUGUUUAUCUCAAUAUGGUAUUAUUUAUAAAUAUCACUACGUUCGAACGCUUAUCGAUAUUCUAUACUUUAUUAAAUUCAAUAUUUAAAAAAUUGUGAGUCUAAAUAACGUUUCAAUAAUUCUGUACGAGUUUAUGUUUCCUUUACUUUAAAGAGAAUGUUGUACGAGAACGGUGUGGUACGUAUGUAACCCAGAAAUACAAAAAUGGAAAGUAAGAAGAUAAUGUAGGAUUUUCUACAGGACGAAAUAAGCUCGAGCUUUGAACUUUAACGUAGAUCAUCGAAUACUUUUUCCUCUUUCUGUAGAGUCUACAUCGCCAUAGCCAUGUAUUUCCAUGACAAAAGAGGAGCAAACCAACGUUACUGUUAAAAGAUGGAUAUGAGAAACUAGAAUUAAAAGACAGUAUCGUAGAAUUUGAAAAAUCAAGCACUAACUAAUACAUAUAAUAUCGAAGAGCGAUAAUAAUCGCAUAUAAAGCUUACACAUGUCGAUUUUAAGAUUGCAAGAUUUUAAAUAAUCAACAUCCAGGUUAAAAACCCGAAAUGAACCAAAAUGGAAUUAGAAAACUGAAUACAUUCGUUGUAAUAAAUCUCGGAAUUAGAAGGUUGGUUGACGUUAGAGGAAAUGGGAAGAGCAAAUAUUCUUUCUUUUUAAACUCACGUAUACGGCGAAAUAUCACUAAGUACGCAGCUCAGCAUCCAAACACGACGUAAAUUUAGCACAUUCGCCAAACAUACAUGUGUUCGCAGGUUAUCCUUCUUUAAACAUGACUAGCCAAACUCUAACAACAAGCGAACAGUUAGCCAAUUUCGACAAACAAUAGUUAGAAAACUAUCAGCGUUAUAUACACGUAGAUCACCGAUACGGGUCAACAAUCGAGAACGAUGGAAAAUGUUUGUUCGUGCAAAAUAAUUCGAAAAUCGAGAACAUCGAGCAUUCGUUUCAGUAGCUUUUUAAAAGUCUUUCGAUCUUUAUUCACUAUAGGUACAGCCCUAUAGUCGACUGGGGCGGAAUUCACUGAUGAAACUCAUCCGUUACCACGAGGUAUCAAGGGAAUUGCAGGCGAACAGCCAGCCUAGAGCUCCUUUUACCCUUCGAACCUCUAUAUCGUUCGUUAUCCGAGUGGAAGAUAACGUUUUCAACUAUCUUUCGUCGUGGAAAUACCUUAUGCUGCAUCGAUGUAUAAACCAUUCGAGCGAAGAAAAAUCCCUAUGGUGAUUCUACGUUUGCAAUGACACGAGUGUAGGAUGAAAAAGGAGAAGGGUUAAGUACAAGUAUGGCAUUCACUGUUGGAUUGAAACUCUGAAAACUGAGAACUUCUUUUGAUAACUCAUCUCCUGUAACUCUUUCCAUUGCUACGUUUCGUUUGCACGCGUCGUUUAGCAGCUUUCCUAUUGACAUCUUGAAGAUGUUCCUUUUAAACGCUCUUUUCAUGCGAUUCUCUUUUAUUUUUAAUUUUCGACUCCGUCGUAGGAUUGAACGAUAAAUUAUUGGAUACUUAUCGAAUCGAGAACGAACGCCUUUCUGAAAAAUUGGCCGCUAAACGUAUUUGAGAAAUUUUAUUUUCGAGGAAAAUAAGAAUGCGACGGGGAAACUGAUCGAUAAAUUUACUCCAAGGACUUUUCUGUCGAAAAUACAGAAUUUGGAUAGACUAGGCGUAGAAAAUAUUAAAACGGAAUAUUAGUUUGCAAUUGGGGUGGGACUAUUCCAGCGAUAUAGAAGGAAGUUCUAAAAAAUCUCAUCAAAAGAAAACGUAUUACGUUUUUCCUAUGCUGUCGCUAAAAGCAACCAUGUGGAACCAAUACCUUUAAAGCGAUAAAAAACGCUCAAACGAAAGGACCGUUCGGCAGCUCCGCGCAGAUCCACGCAAUUUGUCGCGCGAUCUUUGCAGCGGCCACACGCUAUAAAAGUGUUCCUUUCAGCAUGAGAGUGAACCAGCGUGCACUAGUUCAGAAAGACAACGAAUAUUCUUGCGUUUCUUCUGUGAUCGUUCAAAGACAACGCGCGAUCAGGAUACAGAUACUUUGCAAGUAUCGCCGGGUUCUUUUGUUACGAUCUGUUUUACAACCACCAUGUUCUUACGAUCUGCUCAUCGAUUCGAUAAGAGGACGGUUUUGAAAGCUAAUAAAAGCAUGUAAUAAACGUAUCCCUCUUCUUCUUGUUGGAGAACGCGCCGUAAAUAUAGCGCAAACAAUUUUUGUGAUCGAUGUAAAACGAUCGUGUGUAUCUUAAACAGUAUGGGAUCUUAAACAGAUGUCGCUUGCGAAAGGUAAUGAAAUUUUGGUGACUCGUCGAUCCAUUGAGUUAUAACGAUAACAGAUAACCGCAUGAGACGUAUUUUAAGACUAUCUUGAAAGGUUUAAAAAAACUCUUCCUGUCUUAGAGGCGGUGAAGCCUCCUUGAAAGAGGUUAAACAUCUCUGUGAUGAAUUCUUCUGUCUCCGUGACACAUGCUCGUACAAAUAUCAUGCCAUUAGCAAGGAUCAAAUGAAUUUAAACGAUUCGAAUAAUUUUUUGUUCAACAAAGAUGGGCAAAAAAUCGAUUUUUGUGGCCUAACUCGGAAAUUGAUCUGGUCCGGUAAACGUGAAAUAGAAAAAACUCGGAAAUUAAUCUGGUCCGAUGAACGUGAAAUAGAAAAAACUCGAGUAGGAUUCCACUCGUCGGAAGAUUUUGAGAUGACGAAAUCGAGCGGGCCGAGCUCGUGAUUGGAUCGAAUUAUACGAGAUAGAACUGAACGGUCGUCAGCGACCCACGAUCUUUAAGCCCUUCGUCAUCUUCCUUCCUUUUCCUUUCUUUUAUUUCGAACGAGAAUUACCUCAUCGUUUACUAUCACGUAAAACUGAAAAUUAAUUUCAGGUUGUAUGAAAGAAAAGCCAUGGUUCGAUUUGCAUUUUCAUCGGUGUAAGGCGUGAAAGAUCAUACAUUUGAGUGAACUGAAAAUUAAUUCUGGCCGAAUAUCGAUGCGGGUAGGCAAUUAAGGCUUCCUCGAUGAGAAAAGGACGGCUGUAUAAUAUUGUUUCUUGAUCGGGCAUCGUUCGAAAUCGACGAAAACGAAAUCAUAGCGACGCUUCACGUUGAAGGUUAAUUAACUUCCUAUGUCCUAUGGACGGACAAUGCCUGGCGUCGACCUUUCUACCUCUGAACCAUUCAGAUUUGCACACUUGGAGAAACCAAGGGAAGGGGAUAGAAGAGCUAGUUGAACGCGCUCCUAUGUCUCUAUUGAUGAUGUAUUGAUUAUUUGAUAGUUAAUUUUCAGCGAUAUUCGUGUUCAGUAUCUCGCAUCGAAACGGGGAAACGUAAUUACAGGUAAUUAAAUAUUGAAUAUCGGUAUCGAUAUUCAUCAAAAUGAAAACAAGAAUACGAGAAUAACGUAGAGGUGAGUAGAAAUAAUAACAGGGGCAAUAAAUAAACCAGUGGUUUGUUGGUUCAAGGAUGAGAGGAGAAUGAAUAUUUAAACGAAGAGUUUAAUUUUCACAGGCCAAUAAUGUUUGUUUAAGAAUUAAAAUUAUUUCAAUGUGUCGUUUAUCAAGUGUUCUUCAUUUAUAUAUUGUAUUAAAAUAAUAUCGUUUGAUGUAGAAUGUAGAAUAUUUGUUUGAGGAUGAUUACUUACAAAAAAAAGAUAGUCGUUUUUAUAAUUUCAAUGCCACUACACAACGAAGUUACAGGUAUACAGGUAUAAUCGAGGAAUCAAAGUGCUCACUGCGAUAUCCUUUAAGCGUACUCUUUUCAAAAUAAUAAAUCUACAGGGUCUCUUACGAAAAUGGUUUGAAAAGACAAGUAUCAAUAACAAACGAAGCAGAAAAUAAUUAUCUAAGUACACAUACUGUAAGGUCGGCAAUUUUUAUAACAUUCAAUUAGAAUCGUUAUACAUCUGCUUUAGACAUAUUCUAACGAAAGAUGUUGCACUAUAAAAACAUUAAAAAAAAAAUAUAAGCUUCUUUACUUUUCAAUACGUCGUUCGGUUUGCCACUGUACGCCGCUUUCCCUACGAUGCAAAUACACACAAUAUAUGUAUAAUGCACAAGUUUAUUUGCAUAUACAACGUUAUCGAGCAACGUAUCACGCGGAAUUAUCGAUCGACAACUUAAAUUAAGACGUAAUUCACAGGCGACAAUAAUGUCCCAAACGAUAAUGACGAAAUAGACAAUGUUGAUAAAGUAGGGCAACGAUUAGAAUGGAACAUCGCCGUGAAGAGUACGAUGCGAACCCAAAGUUCACUCGGAUUCCACACGAUUAGAAAACCAACUUUAUCAAUUAAGGUGCACCAAGGAGCUCCACGAGGAAAGUGUCGUUCCGUGUUUCCGUGUUUCUCGUAACUGUGAGCCCCGACCAGAGAAGGAAUUGCGUCCUCGUUUCUGGUUCGUUUCCCUGCCAAUACGAUUCCAUGGCUGUCAGAAACGAUCGUUUUAACGAGCUCGUACUUUACACGUAGCUUUAUCGAACAUAUUAGAACUUCGAGGCACGACCGUUAACCGAACUGAUAUGAAAAAUAUAAAAUAUCAAGAAAGAAAGGAACGAGAAAUUUUGAUACGCCACUGGCUCUGUCUCGACGACAACGAUGAAAACCGGAAACGACGUUCGAUCGCGAUGUUCAUAGUUAAAGAAAAAAAAAAGGUGAAAAAAGAGAGGCAGAAAAGCCAGGCUUUAAAUGUUGAUCACGUUUCUUUGAAAUUGUCUGUUACAUGUCACGUUUAUCCGAUGCGCGUGAGAGGGUGUAUGCAUGUGUACGUGUACGUGUAUGUGUAAAGCGUGAGAAAUACAUGAUUGUCGUCGUCGUGCAAGCCUAGCUUAACGUUUUCGACGAAACUCGAAUUAAGGUUAAGGUUUUAGCGUCGCGAUGUCGAUCGUAACAAGCACGAUAAUCCGUGAGACCAAAACUGCGACAUAGGUAAACGAGCUCACCGAUCUAUAUAUAUAUAUAUACAUAUAAGGAAGUAAAUAUGAAUAUAAAUAUAUUUCUGUAAAUAAUGUGGACACGAAUUAUUACAGAUGGAAUUUACUAUAGAUAUCUGUAUAUUAUUGUUUCAUAAAAAAAAAGAGAUUACAGAAAUGUG